UCAGCACCCUCAUAGAAGCACACCAAAAAGAUUACAGAACCCAUUAAUCUCCUCAUUUAAAUAUCCUUUUACGUACGUUUACCAUGUUUAAACCCAACACAACCCAAACAAAAACUUGUUGUUAAGCCUUUCAAGCCAUGGAUGAGUUCAUUUCUUUAAUCCUUCAGGGGGUCAAGUUAGCUAAAGACCUUGAACCCGCCGUGCAAAACUUAGCCACCCACCAAAACCAAGAGAUGAUUUCUAAGUUAGAUGAGAUCAUUAGAGUUUUCAUUUCUGCUAGGGAGAGAUUAAGUUCUCAUCAAGACGUUUCUCAAAUGCUGCAGCAACAACAGCAGCCGCAGAUUGAUCCAAGCUUGCAGGAGUAUUGGCUAAGGACUAAAAUGGUAGAGUUGUUUCAAUCACAACUAAUGGCUGAGAGGAUGAGCAGCAGUUCAGGAUUGGAGAAUAAGCAAGCAGAAGGAGGUUUGGCUAUGGAAUUGAGUGGCAGAGAUGUUCAGGCAAUGGCUUCAUCAUCAGCGCAAAGACCGCGAAGAAGGAAAGAUGAUGCAGACAAAAGGACGAUGAGGGUACCUGCACCUCGGAUGGGAAACACUGAAAUCCCACCGGAGGAUGGCUACACUUGGAGGAAAUAUGGUCAGAAAGAAAUAUUAGGGUCAAGGUUCCCAAGGGGUUACUACAGGUGCACUCACCAAAAACUAUACCAGUGUCCAGCUAAGAAGCAAGUUCAGAGACUGGACGAUGAUCCCUACACUUUUGAAGUCACGUAUCGGGGCGAUCACAUUUGCCACAUGUCUGCUACUGCACCGUCAGUUCCACCUCCUCAAUUGCCGGAAAUUACCCGGGAGAUGACUCAGAGUGCUAUGGCUGCUCAGCCUCCACCUUGGCUGGAAUUUAGUCUAGGUGGUAGUGGGAGUAGCAUGGCGGCUGCAGGUCCUUCCACCGUCCGAUAUGGUAAAGAAGCUGAAUUUCCGGUAGCAGAUAUGGCUGAUGUGAUGUUUAAUUCAGGCAGCAGUAGUAGCAAUAGCAUGGAAUCGAUUUUCACUUACAUGGAAGGUAAAUGGGAGCCAGAGGAGAAGAAAAAUUGAUGAUUUAAUAAUUAGCUUAACAGGAAUGGUUUAAUUAAUAUAGUACUCAAUUAAUUUUUGUUACAUGUAUUAAUUUGUUCCAAUCUUACAACUUCUCUUUUUUUUUCCUUACU